AUGACGAAAAUCAUACGCUUCGCCUGCAAUGUCCUUUCGUUCUUCGCCCUCACGGGCAAAGUUAGCGCAGAGAACAAUAACCCAGGUCUGUUCGGACCGUUUCCCGACUGGCACAUCGAGUACAAAUCGUUGAUAUAUCCCCCUCUGGGAGAAACCCCCGUUAUCUGGCUGGCAGCACAAAGUCUCUUGAUCGAAUUGAUGGGUAAAUUCGAACCCAUAGACUAUGGGCUUUGGCCUGACAUGAGUUACUUGGGCAAGCUACCAGGAGAAAAAGCAGGUGGAUACCUGGCUGGUCUUUUGGUUCCUGCGGAUGACGUCGAAUUUUUCUUGAAACAUCCAAAGAACAGCACCUUGGUCUACCCAGCUCUUGUCUGUAAAGAUAUCAUGGAAUCCUUGGUAGCGAAGAUGAACAAGGUUCCUCAGACGAGCGAUGUUCUAGAGUUUGGCGCAAACUACAUCUUCGGAAAUGGGUUCGUUACCGGAUUUUCAAAAUCGGUCUGCAAGACCCUGUACCCUGAUUUCGUUAAGACCCUCAAGAAGAAGUCGAAGAAGAAGAAAAAGAAGGGUAAGAUUGAUGAAAAGACAAUCAAUACUGCACUAAAUGCUGGGUUCAAUAAGCUCACUAACGCGCUUCUCCUUGCCUUGGGUACUCAUCAACCGGCCACAGCUCCAUUCGUAUCUCAAUUGGAAGCACGCCUCCGAUACAUCGACCGCGCUCAAGAUCUGGAAAGAACUUACAGUCGUCUCUUGAAGGAAUUGACCUCCCAACAAACGCAAUUUGCCUCGAUUGCAGCUCACCAGCCUAAUGCGUCGAAAUCGCUAAGGGAAUUCAACAAGCUGAGCUGCAAUGCUUUGUCGCGACUUCCGCACAGAGACGCGAAAAUCAACCUUGCACAAUGGCACGAGACCGAGAAUGCGACCGCUAUGGUUGGAAUGUUUGCUGAGAUUUCUAUCAAAUCUCUCGAGUUUGCAUUGCCCAUCGGGGGUAGAAUCACAGAGGCUGCACAAAGCGCGAUAGUGUCGAUGUCAAAGGUGCUCAAAGCGUUUGAAACAGUACCAUACAGUCUCUUGAAUGGGAGAUCCCUGGAGGACUCAGUGCCAAGAGUUCAGUUGACGAAGAGAAAGAAGGAUAUCCCUGUGACCAUGCACGAAUCGACAAGAUUACUGCCUCCUCUAUCAUCUACUAGCUUUUAUUAUGGGACUCAGAUGGCAUCACACCCAAGCACGAGGACCGAAAGUGCCACAUCCCAAACCGCCAUUGUUGAUUCCGAAGCUUCUCAGCCAUCUCCCACAGCUACCGCAAUUCCUCCAAACGAAGAACCGCAACCAACACCCACUCUCUCCACCGCCUUCGCGAAGCGUCCACCCUUCCUCCUCAAUUUCUGGAAUUCCCACCCCUUCCUCGACAAAUACCCCGCUCGCACCGUCAUCGCCACGCAGUCUAUACCCGCCAACGUCAUGCCCACUCCCCUCGAUCCCGCAAAGCUUGCCCAAGGCAUCCGGCGUCCCAACCCUAACAUCAUCACACACGUAACAACCGUAACCGCACUUCCUACCCUCGUGAGAACUGUGCCGAGGAUGGAAGUGCUAGUGAAGAGUGAGACUGCGACGGUGACGAGGACGAGGACACGGAGGAUUACAAAAUGGCAUACCCAGACAAAGACGCACUAUCAAUGUUCAAGGCACAGCUAG